AUGGUUAACGAAAGUGAAUGCGAGACAAAAGCUGAAGAAAGUGUUGCGCUUAAGGCUAAAGAUGUCGAAGAAUUAGCUCUUGAUUUCGGUUAUUAUGAGACCACUAUCGAUGUGGAGGAGGGAGUGGUUAAUCCGGAACUUCCCGCAAAGUUCACAAUAUUUGGCUACCGGCCCUCACAGAUCAAGUGGUCUAAUGUCAUAUUUCUAUCGGUAAUGCAUGUGUUGGCCGUUUACGCCUAUUUGCACUCGUGCUUCAAUCCGGUCCAUCUCUUCACACUAUUCUUCGUUAUAUUCAUCUCGUCGUUCUCCGGGUUCGGUAUGUCUGUCGGUGGGCACCGGUAUUGGUCGCACCGGACGUUCAAAGCGCGACUGCCUCUGCAGAUCAUAUUAGCGAUACUGCAGACCAUGACAGUGAACGGCAGUAUAUUGUCGUACUCUCGGGACCACCGCAAUCACCACAAGUGGCCGGCCACUCACGCCGACCCCAAAAACCCGGGCCGAGGCUUCUUCUUCGCGCACAUCGGGUGGUGGCUCCUGAAGAAGAGGCCAGAGGUUAUGCUCUACGGAAAGAAAGUGCCCGUCGAUGACCUCAUCAACGAUCCCAUUGUCUACUAUCAGCACAAGUUCUACAUUCCGUUAGUCAUUCUGUUAGCCUAUGUCUUCCCGACGUUAGUACCGGUGCUCUCCUGGAAAGAGGAUAUAUUGACCGCGUUUUUGGUGUGCAGUUGUCUGCGGACUGUCGUCGUGUUGCACCACUUGUUUACCGUCAAUAGUGUCGCCCACUUCUUAGGCCAUCGUCCUUACGAUAGGUUCAUGAAACCCACAGAAAAUAAGAUAAUUAACUGGAUAUCGAUGGGAGAGGGAAACCAUAACUAUCACCACACGUUUCCGUGGGAUUAUUCAAAUAGCGAGAAGACAUGGUAUGAGAUCUUCAACCCCGCAACUCUUUUUAUAGACAUCUGUAAACUCAUUGGUCUCGCGUAUGACCUCAAGAAGCCCUCCCAACAGACUAUAGACGCCGUUAUUGAACGCAAAGGACUGCCCGAGUAUUUCGCUGCCGACAAGACAAGGAACUUAUGCCUAAAGAUAACGUUUGGUUUCAUUGACUGGAUUUUUGGCAUUUUGUUCGCCAAAUGGCCCGUUUGGACCAUUAUUAUCAUUAAA